AUGACUUUGUUAGCGUCUUCAAACGAUUCUACUAUUCAUUCUUUGACCAAUGCCGAAGCAAACGGCGUGGGGGAUAAUAAAACAUCCGAAGUAGCCGACUUGAACGACACAAGGAAUGAUGACCAGCAAGCUAUCGUCGUAAAACAAGAGGAGAACCAAAGAUCGUCGACAGAUACCAAAAACAAGGUGAUAGCAUCAUCUUUGGCGAAUGGUGAUAGUGACAAUAAGGGUCCAGAAGAAGCGGAACAUAGCAACAGCAUGGUGGUCAUCCUCAAACCAGAUGCAUUGAGUCAAAAGGACGUUAUCACACGCAAGGUGGAAAGCGAAGGCUUCUUGAUUACACAGCAGCGGGAAAUUCAGCUGACGACAAACGAGGCAUCCAAUUUGUUCAAGGAAGAUUCGAAUGAAAUAACGGAGUCAAUGACAAGAGGACCGAUGUUUGCAAUGGUGCUUCAAAAGAAUAGCGCUGAUGUUAUCCAAGAUUGGCAAAGGCUCAUGGGUCACCGCCAUUCGGAUGUGAAUACAAAUGACGAAACCAAUAUGCUAUAUCAUAGUGUUGUGCGUAGUAGCCAAUCUUUUGAACAAGCAAAGAAAGAUGUCGAGCUUUUGUUUCACGACAGCUGUGUUACACAGCAUGAGAACAAUGCCAGUGACAGGAUUGAUCAGCAGCAACAACACGAAGAUACAACCCAAUCGCAACCAUUGUUUGCUGAUGUGAAUGAGAGCAUUCAGGAAGGUAAUGCCGAUACUGUAUCUCCAAGCACAGACCACAUCACAACGCGUAACGCUGCCGAUCCCAAGGUUUCGAAGGAGGAAGAAGAGGAGGAGAAGGACAUUGUUGUAAAUGCGUCACCUUGUUCGAGCACAGACAAGUUGCAAGAAGGGCAAGCGGAAGCAAUAUUAGAAUCGGCUGCUGAUGAGAUCGUUACUCAAUACAAUGCGAGCCACAAGAAUGCAGUUACAUGUGAUGAAAAAAAGGACGAUCAAACUAUCAUGGCUGAUAGCCUGGAUGAAAACAAAGUAGCACCACCACAAGACGCAGACCUCCAAGUAUCCAAGAACACCGCAACUCAUCCACCAUCCAUCACAGAGCACAAAGAGCAAUCCAAAACACAAUCCAAGUCCAAACAACAACCACCAUUAUCCAACGAUGAGCCCAAUAUCAAUAUCCCCAGUGCUGCUCAAAAGCGUGCCAAAAUGCCUCGUGUGGCAUUGCUCAACCCGAAGCCCGUAUCUCAACCAGAUAAAGUUCCUCUUCCAAUUGCCAAGAAGAAGACAUCCUCAACUAAAAGCAGGCUUGCCCGAUUGACGGCACCCACCAUAUCCAGUUCUCGCAAACAUGUCGCCGCAUACGAAAUGGGAUCCAUCGACACAAAAACAGGUUCUCAAACAGCCACCAUUGCAAUCAAAGCAGCACGCUCACGAAUACUUAGUCCCCGAAAGUGA